AUGCCUCGCAAUCCCGACGCUGAAAAAGGCCUCGCGCCACCGCAGGCCGGGGAACGAGAGAAGCAGGCCACCGGAGGAACCGGCCAGAGCUCGGCCUUCAAGGCCCUGGGCUGGCUGGAUAGGCUCCUGGCCCUCUGGAUCUUCCUUGCCAUGGCUAUUGGCAUCAUCCUGGGCAAUUUUGUCCCCAACAUUGGUCCGGCCCUUCAGCAGGGCAAGUUUGUUGAUGUGUCUAUCCCCAUUGCCAUUGGCCUUCUCGUCAUGAUGUACCCCAUUUUGUGCAAGGUGCGGUACGAGGCGCUGCCCGAGGUCUUCUCGCACCGCGCCAUCUGGAAGCAGAUUGGCUUCAGCAUCCUGAUCAACUGGAUCAUUGCCCCUUUUCUCAUGCUUGGCCUAGCUUGGGCUUUCCUCCCCGAUGAAGAGGGCUUGCGAGAGGGUCUCAUCCUCGUUGGGCUUGCCAGGUGCAUCGCAAUGGUCCUGAUAUGGAAUGGCCUCGCCGGCGGCGACGCCGAGUACUGUGCCAUUCUCGUGGCAAUCAACUCGCUCCUGCAAAUGGUCCUCUACGCCCCGAUGGCUAUACUUUUCAUAGGCGUCAUAGGCGGCGACGCGGCGGCCAGUACUAUUUCCUACUCGACCGUCGCUAUAAGCGUCGCUGUCUUCUUAGGCAUCCCCCUCGGGGUGGCUAUGGUUACCCGGUUUGUCCUCCGUAAGCUCGCCGGCGCAGACUGGUACGACCGCGUCUUUAUACGCUACAUAUCUCCAUGGGCCCUUAUCGGCCUUCUCUACACCGUCCUCGUGCUCUUCGCGUCGCAGGGCCGCCAGGUCGUCCAACAGAUCGUGUCGGUCGUCCGCGUGGCUGCCCCUCUUAUCGUCUACUUCAUCAUCGUCUUCUUUGUCACCCUCUGGAUGGCACGCCGCGUCGGAUUCAACUACUCGCUGUCCGCGACGCAGAGCUUCACGGCAGCCAGCAACAACUUUGAGCUAGCCAUCGCCGUCGCCGUCGCGGCAUACGGCCCGGACAGCAAGCAGGCGCUGGCCGCGACAGUGGGUCCCCUGAUCGAGGUGCCCGUCUUGAUUGGGCUUGUAUAUCUUGUCCGUGUCGUGGCAAAGCGGUGGCGGUUUGACAACUUGUGA